CAGAACACUUACUGACAUCUUCUGGACAAUAGUAGAUUUAUUUCCACAUAGAUUGAAGUUGAACCAGUAGGCUAUAUUUUUAUGUCCCAGAAAUGCAUGACAGACAAUGAAGCCCGAAUCUUCGUUUUUGGGUGAAGCAUCUCUUUCAGCUUCAGAAUAGCCGUGUGAUCGAGUGUCCAAUGUGCUUCUGGUGAGCAAUCAUUAAAUAAAUAAAGGCUUAGGCUGGUAAGCCUGAUUGUCAUGUACUCUGUACUCAAGCCCUGGAUGGGAGUCAUUCUGCGCAAAUAAACUUUUGCUAUAUAUCCUCUACACACAUCCUGUUUGGGCUCAACCACACCUACAAAACAGGCUGUCCCGCAAGAGCUGUUCUCAGAUCAGCCUGACGCUCUCUCUGGUUCAGGGCUGUGAGUGAAGCAGUGGAUGAGACGUCUGAUGCCUUAUCUUUGAUGUGCGGACAGGUAUAUGUGUACACACGCGGGCUGACAGACAGCAGACUGCUGGAGAUUACUUUAAUCGAGCUUUGGAAACUGUACAUUGACUCUAAUUGUCAGUUUGGGGCACAAGGCAGUGGAAAGUUACUGAAUUGAAGCGACCAUGGGAAACGAGCAUUCAACUCAGAAAAAACGUCAGAAGGCAAAUGCUGAGAAAAAAGCCCAAAAUGGAGAGCUGAAUGGACAUGCAGUACCAGCUCCAGAUGAAACUGAACCUGAGACAAGUAAAAAAGAAGCAGUGGAGCAAAAGAGUGAAACCCCGCCAGCGCCUGUCACAAAUGAACCAAAACCACCAGAAAAAGAGGAGGUAGACAGCAGUAAAGCCAACGGACCCACGCAUGUGGAAACGACCCCUGAGCAAAAACCGACAGUCGCAACAGAUGCAGAACCACCCAAAAAAGCCUCAAAGCCCAGUGCAGAUGAGAUGUCCAGCUUCCUUGGUAAAAUGUUCAAAAAGAAGAGCGAACCUGUGAAACCUGCAGCAGAAAACAACGAUUCAGUUGACGCACCGGCCAAAGCGGUGGAUUUGAAAAUCGACAUGCAGACUGCUCCAGUGGACAUUAAGAGCAGCGCAGAGCCUGAGCCAGAGCCGGAGCCGGAGGCUGAAGCUCUCGAACCCAGUCCUGUGGAAGCCGCAGAAGAAAACAACCCGUCAGAGGAGCUCAAAGCAGCAGAAAAGACAGUUAUGAACUUUUUCAAAACAUUUGUCACUCCGACCAAAACAAGCAAAGAAGCUAAAGCCACUCCAGAUGCUUCAAAAGAACAGUCACAGAAAGAGACCCCACCAGCACCAUCAACAAAUGUACAGGAAGCACCCAAGGCACCUCCUCCUCCUCCUCCCCCAGCACCACCUAAGAUGGAAAGCAAAGCAGAGCCAGCGGUGAAGAAAGAGGAAACGGCUGCAACAAAAGCAGCGGCAGCAGCUGCAACAAAAGCAGAGGGAUCUGCCAAGAGCAAAACUAAAGACAGUGCAUUAAGCAAACUCUUCCGUUCAAAGCCUGUUGUGGUGGAAGAGAAAAAGCCGGUUGAGGUGCAGGUCGACGCGUCUAAGAGCAGCACUCUCGAGGCCGCUGCCAAACCUGAAGAACCUCCAGCGCCAAAAGCAGAGGAGAAGAAACUAGAGAAGAAAUCCACUUUUGGAAACAUGUUCAAGCCCAAGGUUGUGCUCGGCCAGGUGAGCAGCAGGAUCCGGGCCGCGGCGUCCAGCGCUGCCGCCAGCAUCUCCCUCAUGACUGCUGCAGCGGCACCAGAGCCCAAGAAGGAGACUCCAGCUGCUCCUCCCGUGGCAGAAGCCGCUCCACCCGCGAAGGCCAAAGAGGAGCCGAAACCUGCGGCUCCUGCACCGCAAGCGGCCCCGGACAACAAAUCAGUCGACAGCACAGAGAACGCCUCCCCCAACAUGCCCCGCAAGCUGGAGAAGAGGAACUCCCUCCAGCUGUUCUUCAAAAACCUGGGCCAAAAACGCCAUUCUGAUGCCGGAGUGCAAACGGACCCUGUGGCACCCGAGAAGGCCAAAUAAAACCCUGCCUUUGUUUUGAUCGCUCAUCUGUGCCAAAACCAUUGGCAGCCAUGCGCAUAGAAACAUAUUUACCAAAGUUGGGAGGUAUUAUGCUGACUUGCAAGGCCCAAAUUUGAAGUAACUGUCAAAUAAUAAUCUGAAUCACCAUGCAUUUAGUGACAGCAGAAGUAAGUGUAAUGAUUUCCCUGUUAAGCAAGUGCUACAUGUGUUUAUGACCGGAGAGAGGAACUUGUGUUGUUUUUCACAGAGCAAUGUGUCAGAGUUGCAUGGUGUGGCAUAAGAUGGAAAAGUGAAAGUGAAAAUGUAAUCCUGCAUUUAAGAUAAACUCCCUUUUUUAUGCGCAUGUUAAAAUGUCAAAUGUGUUAACUAUACUAACACUACUCAUAUUGCAUCGCAAUUUACAUGCAUUGCGCGUUAAAGCCGUUGCAUUAAGAUGCCUUCUCACUGGGACAAAGCAAACAUCAUGUGCUUUUGCAUGUGAAAAGAAUUUAUUUAUGUAAUCAUACACUAUCUGAUUGUGAAUACAAUGACCCGUCGUCUGCUUAUUUCAAUCACCGAAACCUACAAAGCCAAUUUGAAUUCCACUUAAAGUGCAAAACUACUGAAUCGCUUUAAUAGAUCCAUAGAAAUCACAAGUAUUUAUUUAACAUAAUGUCAAUCAAAUUCAGCACCAUAUAUUAUACCAACUUAUUUGGUUAAGUUCAAACACAAAAAAAAAAAAAAAAAACUUUUUGUUUUCAUUUCCAAGAUUGUUGAUUAAUCAUAACUUACUAACUAAACCACAUUGCAAUUAUUGUCUUUUUAUUUGCUUGGCCGUCCAGUUCUGACCAGGGGAGACUAAAAAGAUAUUAAGCUAGUUAAAUGUUUUCUUUUCUUUCUUAUCUUCAGAACAUAUCAGUUGUUAUUAGAACAGUAUGGAAUAAAUAUGUGGUAUACAAUUAUGCAAUAUACAAUGUACAUUCAACCCUGCUGCAGUCACAUGUGUUUUAUGAUUUUCUUCCUAAUUGUCUCUACAUUUGUAAAGAGUAGAUGGGCCUAAUUCAGACUAUAUCCAUGAAUCUUAGACUUUCUGUAUCUCCUUUGUUGCAUUUUUGUCUACUUAACCAAUUUAUUAAAAUAAAAGAAUCAUUUUUCUCCU